UGUGUACUACGUCCAAUCAGGACGUGCUUUUUCAUUUUUUCUGAGCGAAUGGCGUUCUCCUGCUUCAUCUUUGCGAGGAUUCCCUGGCCAAUCACGCGUCGUAUCUUCUUCUUUGCUGAGCGAAUCGCGUUCCCCUGCUUCAUCUUUGCGAGGAUUCCCUGGCCAAUCCCGUGUCGUAUCUUCUUCUUUGCUGAGCGAAUGGCGUUCUCCUGCUUCAUCUUUUCAUCUUUGAUCAGCCAGUCUCCGCGAAGAGGCGGGGCUAGUUUUUAUUCUCAGGUGUUACUGUACCUCUCGGAACGUAGCGGAUCGGCAAGUUCAUUAAGUUAAUUUCAACAGCGAGAAAAGCAAGAGAUGUCUAAAAAGUCACACAAGGCCUUCGGGGACGAUGAGUGGAUGUCCCGUCUGCGACGGUUUGCCAGCACAGGGGUUUGGCCCUCUGAAGCUGGCAACAGACCUGCUCCCCGUCAGAAGAAGUGGUUUGAACUCUUUCAGAGGAUAGAUAAAUGUCCAAUGCAGGUCCGUGGCCAGGCAACACUUUUUGGUGGACCACAGAAAUGCCUUUGUGGAUUCCACACGCCUAAGGCCACAAGUGCUCCACCUGCCUCCACUCCUACUUCUGUCCUGGCCUCUACAUCAGCACCAACCAUUUCACGGCCUGCACUUAACUCAUCAAUGUUUACAAAGAAACGAUUUGGAGGAUCCAUUAGUUCAGCAGCCAAACCCAACCUAAAUAUACCAAGGCGGAUCCAGCCUGGUAGUCAUAGUCCGACUCCUUCAGCCAGUCAGUCACCUGCAGCCAGACCACCUCCUUCAGCCAUUCCUUCUCCUUCAGCCAGACCACCUCCUUCAGCCAGACCACAUCCUUCNAAAAAUAUGUUUGGUGGCAGGAUGAAAAGGUGUUUCGUUGGGGCUCAUAGUCCUGCACAGUGGCCUGACUGCAACCGAGUGGUGGAGGCCAUCUUCACAAGGCUCUGUGCUCUCUACUCAAACGCGGUGCGCUGUGACGGAGUAAGGGUGUCCCGCUUCACAAUGGUAGCACGUGCUUACAGGCACAUCCGAGAGUGCAUCCUCACCAAUGCUAAGGUGAUGAGUGAGACCACCAUCCAGCUCCCAGAAGUGAACGCUGCAACAGUCACACAAUGGUUCAGCAGGCGUUGCAAGUCACAGGAACAGGAGAUUUUGAAGCAGGGUAUCCAAUCCCCAGACGCACCCAUGGCAGCACAUGAGAAGCUUCCUGCGGCUAUGCAGAAAGAACCAACUCUCUAUUCAGGCAAUUUGGCUGAGCCUCACCUUUUCAUCCUGCCACCAAACACUGCCGGGGAGGCAAAACUGAAGGGGAGGUCGCAACCUCAGGCCAUCUCCCAGGCUCCACCAUCACAUCAAGGACUUCCUGUCAUUGCACCAGCACUACCUGUCUUCAUUUUACCAUCUGUGCAGCUUCCUACAUUGCAAUACAGAAAGAGAAAACAGAAGAGGGAGGAGGACACUGGAACCGUCACAAGACAAUAUGUGAGGAAGACAGACGUCAUUCUUUGCAAAAAAUGUAACAACGAGAGAAAGCCACCAUCACAUCUUCAGUACUUUGGCAACUGGUACUGCAGAGAGUCUGAGACUCAAUCAUAUGAUGAAUGGAGGGCUGUGCUGGAGAAACGAGGUUAUAGGAAAAACAAACAAACAGGAAAUGACAACCCUCCAGCUCUUUAA